GAGUGGGGAAAAAAAAGAUUGCAUCGAUAACACUUCAAAAUCGCUAGUAAUUUUAUUUAGGUACUCAAUUUAUGAUGUGAUUCGAUUGAGCAUUCGAAAAUAUAAUAAGUAUUCCUAUUAAACACUUUCAACUAAACAUUUUCAAAAAGUUUUUACGUCUUUAAGCCCUCAAUUUGUAGAUAAAUUAACGAAAAUUCAUAACAAUAUCCCAUAAUAUUACUCAUUCUAAAAUUAAUUUCGAAAUUAGUUAUCCGUCCCUAUAUAUUUUCCCUAUUUUAAAAAAGGGUUUAGGACGGAUUUUCUUUUCAUGUUUACCCGCCGUCUAACUGCUCAAAAUUUGUGUUCAUUUCACUAUGCACACCAACUGUUUGAUACAAUUACUAAACCAGCUCUUAUCUCCAUUCACCAUUCCAUGCUCAAUUAUAUACAGCAAAACCGCAAAAUUGAAGCUUUUAAGCUCUUCAAGAAUCAGCUACAAAUGGGUAUAUCAGAAAUUGAUGAAGUUGUUGUAGCUUUAGCUCUAAAGGGUUGUCGAGAAGAUGUAAAUCUUGGAACUCAAGUUCAUAGCUUGGCGAUAAGGAGUGGUUUCAUUGAGCAUGUAACUGUUCCAAAUUCAUUGAUGAGUAUGUAUAGUAAAACUGGAAACUUUAAUAAUGCUAUGUGUGUGUUUGAUGGCUUGAAGUUCCCAGAUAGAGUUUCAUAUAAUACCCUGCUUUCGGGGUUCGAAAAUAGUAAGGAGGCCUUGUGUUUUGUUCAUUGGAUGCAUUCCGUUGGGGUUGUUUUCGAUGCUGUAAGUUAUACUACUGCUAUUAGUCAUUGUACAGAUGAAGAGGAUAUUCUUGUUGGUAGUCAGUUGCAUUCUCUUGUGAUGAGGUUUGGAGUUGAUAACGAUGUUUUCGUUGGAAAUGCACUUGUUACUAUGUAUUCAAAGUGUGGUUAUAUAGUAGAAGGUGAAAGAGUGUUUCUUGAAAUGUCGUGUAAGGAUUUGGUUUCGUGGAAUGCAUUGCUCUCGGGGUAUGCACAGGAAGGGGGUUAUUCAUGGGAAGCUGCCUCGGGAUUUAGGGAAAUGAUGAGGGAAGGGGUGAAACCUGAUCAUGUGUCGUUUACUAGUGCUGUAUCUGCUUGUGGACAGGAGAUGUGUUUGGAGCUUGCGAAGCAGAUACAUGGUUUGGUCAUUAAAAUGGCGUAUGGUACUCAUGUUUCGGUGUGUAAUGUUUUGAUAUCAUUGUAUUACAAGUGCGAUGUGACUGAAGAUGCGGACAAGGUUUUCCAAAGUAUGAAUGAACGUAACGUUGUGUCUUGGACAACAAUGCUUUCCAUGAAUAAUGAGAAUGUUAUAUCUAUUUUCAAUGGGAUGCGGAGAGAUGGGGUUUACCCCAAUCACGUUACGUUUGUUGGAUUAGUUCAUUCUAUAACUGUCAAGAAUUCGUUGACAGAAGGCAAAAUGGUUCACGGAUUUUGUUUAAAGACAAACUUCUUCUCUGAACUGAAUGUUGCUAAUAGCUUCGUUACCAUGUAUGCUAAGUUUGAAUUAAUGGAAGACGUGUUAAAGGUUUUUGAAGAGCUCGACCAGAGAGAUCUCAUAUCAUGGAACGCUUUAAUUUCUGGAUAUGCUCAAAAUGGAAUGUCUCGAGAAGCUUUACAAACAUUCUUGUCAGCGUCAAUGGAGUUACCACCAAAUGAAUACACGUUUGGCAGUGUCUUGAGCGCAAUUGCCUCAUCUGAGUGUAUUUCAUUGAAGCAUGGCCAGCGAUGCCAUGCUUGUUUGAUAAAGCGGGGAUUAAACAGCAAUCCAAUUGUUUCAGGUGCUCUCCUUGACAUGUACGCAAAACGUGGGAGUAUCUCUGAAUCUCAAGGAGUUUUCAAUGAGGUCUCAGACAGGAGUCAAGUUUCAUGGACUGCGAUUAUAUCUGCUCAUUCAAGGCAUGGUGAUUAUGAAUCAGUUAUGGCUUUGUUUGAGGAGAUGAAGAAGAAAGGUGUGAGUCCUGACUCAAUAACGUUUCUUUCUAUACUAACAGCAUGUGGUCGAAAAGGAAUGGUUGAUACGGGAAUAGAUAUCUUCAAUUCCAUGGUUAGAGAUUACUCCAUCGAACCAUCUUCAGAGCACUACGCGUGUAUGGUGGACAUGUUUGGUCGGGCAGGGAGGCUACAGGAAGCUGAAUUUUUCCUGGCUCAGAUUCCCGGAGGACCUGGAUUAUCUGUGCUGCAAAGCUUACUUGGUGCUUGUAGGAUUUACGGAAAUGUUGACAUGGCAACAAGAGUAGCCAAUACAUUGAUCGCGUUAGAACCAGAGCAGUCAGGCUCAUAUGUCUUGAUGUCGAAUUUGUUUGCAGAGAAGGGGCAGUGGGAUGAGGUAGCGAACAUCAGAAAAGGAAUGCGAGACAAGGGAGUGAAGAAAGAGAUAGGAUUCAGCUGGGUAGAUGUAGGUAGCAUUGAGCAUUCUUUAAAUUUGCACGGAUUUUCAUCGGAUGACAAGUCUCACCCGCGGACUGAGGAGAUAUAUUGGAUGGCGGAAUGUAUAGGUUCAGAGCUGAAACAUUUGGAGCACGACAAAGAAGAAAGUGAGUUCGUGACAUUAGCCUAUAUCAUAUGAGUUCCUUGAACCUAUGUUGCUCGGGCUCUUGAAAUAUGGCGACACGUGCAUGUCUGAUCCUUCAAAAGUAGUGCAUUUUUGGAGGACCCGACACGGGUGUAGCAUCUUUUGGAGAGUCCAAGCAACAUAGCCUUAGACUAACUACAUUCAUUUUUUCUUGUUGUCCAGAACACAACAUCCAAACUCUAUGUAAAUUACUUGUUGAAAAAGAACUUGUGAAGUAACUCCUUUGUUAUCAGUCUUAACAUACUGAAGCUGAUGUUUCUUACACCAUAACAAGGCAUUUCUCGAGCGUUGGUGGGUUUUGGAGUACUUGUCGUAAGACACAACUGGAUAUAUUGUAUGUUGCGAGAGCAUAAUGUAUUUGUGCUUCUCGUAAGAUAUAUAACUAGAUACAUUGUAUGUUGCGAGAGCAUAAUGUAUUUGUGCUUGUCGUAAGAUAUAACUAGAUAUAUGGUAUGUGUAGAAACAUAAAAAAAAUUAA